AUGCACCAAGUCUGUAAUCAUCGAAACGAAUCUUCAAGGUUUCAGCUUGAAGCGAUAGACUGUCCAUCAGGGAUUAGUCGAAGUAGUCGCUGUGUUCGCGAUAGUCAGCUGCUCGGUGUUGUACUACUAGACUGGCAGUCGACGACAGAGGACACGCAAAGCAGCAUGGCCAGCCAAGAUCAAGGAAUUUAUACGGCCGCCGAGGAAUUUGUUGGCGCUCAACUUGAUUCAUUACCACCAACAUUUACUGCUAGUUCCGAUUAUGAUGGAGGCAUCAUUGAUGAUUAUGAAGAACAGCCCACUACCAACGUAAAUCAAACUUAUGGAGUUCCUGAAUUCGUGAAAAACUUUAUUCGAUCUCUUUAUAGAGCCUUCACGGAAAGACGAGUUGAUGAAAUGCAGAUACUAUGUGAAGCUGGUUUCAUUAAGAUCACGGAACGUGCAUUUAGCAAAUCGGCGUGGCCCGAUGCUGACAGAAUUGCUCCACUUGUUAAUAACGGUGAGGGAACAAUCGACGUGCCUACACUGGAUCAAAGAUUUGAAUCUUACUACAACUACUGCAAUUUAUUCAACUGUAUUCUAAGUGCCAAAGCUCCGGUACGCCUUGAGUUACCUCAUCAAUGGUUAUGGAAUAUUAUAGAUGAAUUUAUAUAUCAGUUUCAAUCGUUUAGCCUUUAUCGUUAUAAGUUAAAGCAUAAGCAGGAAAAUGAUUUAGCAAUGCUACGCGACCACCCUAAGGUAUGGAAUGUUCACGGCGUAUUGAACGUCUUGCACUCAUUGGUUGAAAAAUCUCAAAUUAAUAGCCAGCUCAAGGCCUAUAAUAAUGGUGAUGAUCCGAAAUCAGUUGCUGAUGAAUUUGGAAAUUGCCCUUUAUACAAGAUGUUGGGGUAUUUUAGUUUAAUUGGCUUAUUGCGUUUACAUUCACUUUUGGGAGACUAUUACCAAGCUAUCAAAGUACUCGAAAAUGUACAAUUAAACAAAAAGAGUCUUUAUGCGGUAGUGCCGGCUUGUCAAGUUACUACUUAUUACUACGUCGGAUUCGCAUAUCUUAUGAUGAGGCGUUAUCAGAUAGCUAAAAAGGAACUUCAAAUGUACGCUUUGUUAGCGAUGGCGUGGAUAAUGUGCCCAUGCAGAAUUGACGAGAGUGUGCUGUCGAUGUUGGGAGAUAAAUAUGAUAAAGAAAAAUUCAUUAAACUUCAGCAGGGGAAUUUGCAACAAUUUGAAGAUUCGUUUGCGUAUGCAUGUCCAAAGUUUGUGUCUCCAGUAGUUCCGGAUUACGAUACUCUCAGUCAAAGCCAACAUAAGGCGCCAUAUCAAUUUCAAUUAAAAAAUUUCGUAAAUGAGGUAAAGCAGCAAGUUGCAAUCCCGAUUAUAAGAAGUUACUUAAAGCUAUACACCACCAUGCCAGUGGCUAAAUUGGCCGCCUUCUUAGAUAUGGAUGAGGAUAAUUUUCGCGCUCAGCUCUUAUCCUUUAAGCAUAAAAUGAGCAAUUUGGUAUGGACUAAAGGUCAACGAGCUAUAGACGGCGAAUUUCAAACAUCAUCGGGAGUUAGCUUUUUUAUUGAUGAGGACAUGAUACAUAUUAAUGACUGCAAAGUAGUUCCAAGAUACAGCGAAUUCUUUUUACAGCAAAUACGCAAAUACAACGAGGUAUUAUUAUUAUCAAAAAAUUGGUUUAUCGGAUUGAAAGCUUAG